AUGGGAAGGUAUCCCAAUUCAUAUGAUAUUAUUGAGAGUGGCCUAAAGAAGGGACCAUGGACUCCUGAAGAAGAUCAAAAGCUUCUCAAUCAUAUUAAUCAACAUGGCUAUGGAAGCUGGACAACCCUCCCUAAACUUGCUGGUCUCAAUAGAUGCGGAAAGAGUUGCAGACUCAGAUGGACCAACUACUUACGACCCGAUAUAAAGAGAGGCAAAUUCUCACAAGACGAAGAACAAACAAUUCUCAAUCUCCAUUCUUUUCUUGGGAACAAAUGGUCAGCCAUUGCAACACAUCUACCAGGAAGAACAGAUAACGAAAUAAAGAAUUUUUGGAAUACCCAUUUAAAGAAGAAGCUAAUCCAAAUGGGUUAUGAUCCGAUUACCCAUAAGCCUAGAACAGAUAUCUUCUCUAGCUUGCAUCAAUAUCUUAUAGCACUUGCUAAUCUUACAGUGCUAGCUGCUCAUCAAAAAACAUCAGAUCAUCAGAUGAUGAUGAUGACUCUUUUCCAACCUGCAUCAGUACUACCUUCUAUUAUUAUGAACAAUUCUACUCAUGAUCAUCAGAUUCAUCAACCUUACAACCCAUUAUUUCCAUCCCCAAAUGAUGUUGAUCAAUUUUCAGUCCCUUUUGCCCAUGAUUUACCCGAGUUGAAGACUCUUGACAAUUAUAUGAUCCAAGAUUCUCCUAACUCUCCAUGGCUGCUGCCAUCAACUUCAUCUUCUCCAUUGACUUUGCAGCAGGGUGCUCUGGUAGCACCCAUGGCCGACAUCUAUGAUGGACCAGAAGAGCCUAAUAAUUCAUCUCCCUUCUGGCCUGAUGCUCUUCUUGAGGAUGACUCAUUAAUGUUCCAUGACAUUAAUUGA